AGAUAUUAUCUGCUGCUGUUCAGUGGGGGGAACAGCCCAUUCCUCAAAGCUGUUACUAAACAGAACAGUGGGAGCUGAUGGUUCAGAGUUUGGUGCGAGACACAAACUCCCCAGUGCCACUUCCGACUCUAAGUCUUCCUGUGAAAGUCCACUUGGUGGUUUUUCUUUCUGGAAAACUUGCUCCCCCACCCCACCCCACCCCCGACGCUUUUGCAGGCAGAGCCUGCAGCAGCAAUCACACAAGAUUUUGCUCUGAGCUCGGGUUUGCCCUCCAGAGACGCUUCACUUCUGUUCUCGUGUUCGAGUGAGAGCUACUAAAAACCAGGGCAGUCGGCAACAGAGCUGAGCACAAUACUUUACCCAGGAAUAAAGCUAUGUGAGGAAUGGUGGUUGAAGUCAGAGAACGUGAAGGGAGCACAUAAAACUGGUGGAUACAGCAGAUCCAAUCACUGUGCAAAAAUCCCAAAGCAGUUCAGAUGUUGCUGUUUUCUCAAGCUGCAGGUCUAUGGAAAUGCAGGAUCUAGCCAGCCCGCAUAGCCGACUGAGUGGUAGUAGUGAAUCCCCCAAUGGUCCAAAACUUGAUAACUCUCAUAUAAAUAAUAAUUCCAUGACACCCAAUGGCACAGAAGUUAAAACAGAACCAAUGAGCAGCAGUGAGAUUGCUACGACUACAGCAGACGAGUCUUUAGACAAUUUCUCAGGAUCAGUAAUUGGAAGCAGUGGCUUCAGCCCAAGACAAACUCAUCAGUUCUCCCCACCACAGAUUUAUCCUUCCAACAGACCAUACCCACAUAUUCUUCCUACCCCUUCCUCACAAACUAUGGCUGCAUAUGGGCAGACGCAGUUUACAACAGGAAUGCAGCAAGCUACAGCUUAUGCCACAUACCCACAGCCAGGCCAGCCCUAUGGAAUCCCUUCAUAUGGUGCAUUGUGGGCAGGCAUCAAGACAGAAGGUGGAUUGUCACAAUCACAGUCUCCUGGACAGACAGGAUUUCUAAGCUAUGGGACAAGCUUUAGCACGCCUCAGCCAGGACAGGCACCAUAUAGCUACCAAAUGCAAGGGAGCAGCUUUACAACAUCAUCAGGAAUAUAUACAGGAAAUAAUUCACUCACAAACUCUACUGGAUUUAAUAGUUCACAGCAGGAAUAUCCAUCUUAUCCUAGUUUUGGCCAGGGUCAAUAUGCACAGUAUUAUAAUAGUUCACCCUACCCGUCACAUUAUAUGACAAGCAGCAACACCAGCCCAACACCACCUUCCACUAAUGCAACAUACCAGCUUCAAGAACCACCAUCUGGCGUCACCAGUCAAGCAGUUACAGAUCCUGCAGCAGCAGAGUACAGUACAAUCCACAGUCCAUCAACGCCCAUUAAAGAUUCUGAUUCAGAUAGAUUGCGUCGCAGUUCCGAUGGAAAAUCACGUGGGCGAGGCAGAAGAAACAAUAACCCUUCACCACUGCCUGACUCUGACCUGGAGAGAGUAUUCAUUUGGGAUUUGGAUGAGACAAUCAUCGUAUUUCAUUCCUUGCUUACAGGGUCCUAUGCUAACAGAUAUGGGAGGGAUCCACCUACUUCAGUUUCACUUGGACUGCGAAUGGAGGAGAUGAUUUUCAAUUUGGCAGACACACACCUGUUCUUUAAUGAUUUAGAAGAAUGCGACCAGGUUCAUAUAGAUGAUGUGUCUUCAGAUGACAACGGCCAAGACUUAAGCACCUAUAACUUCGGAACAGACGGCUUUCCUGCAGCAGCCACCAGCGCUAAUUUAUGCCUAGCAACGGGUGUGCGUGGAGGAGUGGACUGGAUGAGAAAAUUGGCCUUCCGUUACAGACGCGUAAAAGAAAUCUACAACACCUACAAAAAUAAUGUUGGAGGUCUUCUUGGUCCCGCAAAGAGAGAAGCUUGGUUGCAACUUAGAGCAGAAAUUGAAGCUCUUACAGAUUCUUGGUUAACACUUGCACUGAAAGCACUCACACUUAUUCAUUCUAGGACAAACUGUGUGAAUAUUCUAGUAACAACUACUCAACUUAUUCCAGCUCUGGCAAAAGUCUUGUUGUAUGGAUUAGGGGUUGUAUUUCCAAUAGAAAAUAUUUACAGUGCAACUAAAAUAGGAAAGGAAAGUUGUUUUGAGCGAAUAAUUCAAAGAUUUGGAAGAAAAGUAGUGUAUGUUGUUAUAGGUGAUGGCGUGGAAGAAGAACAAGGAGCAAAAAAGCAUGCCAUGCCAUUUUGGAGGAUCUCAAGCCACUCUGACCUUAUGGCCCUUCAUCAUGCCUUGGAACUGGAGUACUUGUAGCAGCUUAGCAGCACUUUGAAACCCCAGAACCUCCCUUAUGCCCAUGGACAGUAUGCCUGUGUCUUGUGUCAGCAUUGGACUACAGAACUUUGUGAUUUCAACAUGUUGAUGUACAGCUGCAAAUUGGUCUUAACUUUUGCCCUUUCAGUAAAUGGAGGAGCAUGCCUUUUUCUUCAGAACAGCUGUUGACUCUAGUAUUGCGAAUCCAAUGAAAACAAGCCAUGAGAAUGUUUUAACGGCGCAUUUUACCACAUUUGAUACAAAAAAACAAAAGGUUCAUACCUGUGAAGAAAGAAAGGACCUGCAAAUGCUUUGUAGUUUUUAGAAUCUUCAAUGUGACACACACAGCUUCUUCAACACAGCAAACUUGAUUGCACAAUGAAGACUGAAUUUUUCAAAAUACCAGUGGAGUAAUUUUCUUGUAAAGAAGGUUUACUUUUUUGGUUUCUCAUACCCAGGGUACUCUGUACAUCUUUACUUAUUUAUGAACAGACUGUGUUUUGACAUCAUAUAACUGAGGAUACAUAUGAUAGGAUUAAAGGCUAUUUAUAAGCCUUUGUCUCAUGAUACAGCAAACACUUUUGAUUUUAGCACAUUGCAAAGUAGUCUAAAGUAUGUCUAAUUUAAACAAAUAGGUACAUCACUGAGACAAUCAUGUACAGGAAGAAUUUUUUGUGUAAAUUUGUAAUAAUGGAUGAUUCUUUUACAUAUUGGUUAAGUAAAUGCUAUUGAGAGGUAGUAAUGCCUUGUUGGUGAAGUCUGAGGCAGUGUGUACACAGCUAUUGUGCAGUGCCUUAUCAGAGUGUUGGGUAUAAAUAUGUAGAUAAUGGAUUUUUUAGAUAAAUUUGUCAAGACCAAAAGCAUGGAUGUCAAGUGUCAAUAAGGAAUUUGUUGUUGUUUUUCAGCUAUUUUCUCUUUUUCCCCCUCAGCUAUUCUGACUAUAAAAUGACGGUUACCAUGUGUUCCCAUUAAACACGUACACAGAGCUACACAACUUAAUUGAAGAGGAGUUCCUUACUGUCUUUCAUUUUCUGUUUUAAUGCUAAUGUAUUAAAUCUCCUUAAAGAAUUGAAUAAUGAAUCAACAAACUCCUUCCAUAAAAAGAAGUUACAGAAUAGAAAAUACAUUAUACAAGUGGUAUUUGAGUUGGAGACUAACAAAUCAAAGUUUUCAUGUUGUCAGAAAAUCAAAAAUUACAGCAUGUGCUUUGUUUUACGUAAGUUAGAAAAGAGUAUUUUGGAGAAACUGAGCAAAACAUAAUUAUAUGCAGUGUACACGCUUCAGUUUUUUUAAUUCUCUUCCACCAGGAGUCAGAUUUUCCUAGUGUGUAACAUCCAUUGCCGGCAAUGGACACAAUGAAAUAGUUGUCACCAAGGAUGUAAAAUAUCCAUAGUCUAUAUUAAUUUCUCUUAUCAACGUAAACUGUGUCUGAUCUAUGAGUUGUGACUUUUCUGAAUCUUACAGGCCAUGAGCAAUGUGGUCAGUUAAACUGAGUCUGACAUCUUGGCCUGAAUUGUACCAGUUCCCUUUCCCUGAUUUCCAUCUUUUCAUUAAAAAGAAACCUCAGCUUUGUUGGUUCAUUCUUCAAAAUUUUACUCCCCGUUUCCUCCCACCCCACCCCCAAAAAACAACACCAGCCUUUUAAACAGCUACCUGCAAAGCACCAAAGUAGCUGUGAAGCAACACCCUCCUGUGUUGGAGGAUUCAUAUUGCUGCUAGUUAAUCAUUUGUGGAUUUUCCAAAUUGCUUAAUUACCAACUAAGGCCCCUAUCUCGCUAAGACUUACACAUGUGCUUCAUUUUACACAUUAGUGUGAGUAGUUCUAACAAAGUCGAGGGAAUUACUCACAGUGCAUAAAGUUUAAGCACAUGGUGUGUCGUUCUUUUAGGAUUGGGGCUAUUAUAAUUAGAUUUUUUUUUCCUUUGCUUCAAGCAAAGUAGAGAGUGACAGUUUUUUGUCUUUUCAAUUUUUGUAGUCGUUUUGCAGACUGAAAAAAAAAAAACAGUUUAUCUUGGCCUUAUUGUACAAAAAAGUGUGUUGUGUCCACAAUUGUGUACAGAAUUUUUCUUCAUUAAUUUUGUGUUUUAAAUUAAUAAAAUUGAUUUGUGAACUAGUAAA